GCGUCACAUCAACACAAAACACACCCUGUGGUAAUUCUAAACCUUCACAGAAGAUUACAAUAUGGCAGAGGCAGCAGCAAGAGCGCAGAUCACUCAGGGCGCGUUGAACGCAAUCUUCAAUGACCCAGAGACGCUGCAGCAAAACUUCCCAGUUCCAGUAUGCCAGUGUGUGCAGAUCAAAGCCCUCAGCUCCAGCACUGAAGGCGGAGCUGAACGUUACCGCAUUGUAUUGAGCGAUAUCAAGAACUUCGUCCAGAGCAUGCUUGCUACCCAAGCAAAUCACGUCAUCCAUGAUGGCAAAUUAAAGAAGGGCUCUAUCGUUCGACUGAAGAAUUAUCAGGCCAACGCCGUUAAGGGAAAGAGAAUCCUGAUCAUUCUAGAUCUCGAAGUCAUCGAAAGCCUCGGAGAACUCGAAAAGAUUGAUAACCCAGUUGGGCUUACCGUAAAAGAAGAGUCGGACGACUCGAAGCCGGUCAGUACAACGAUUGCAGGCGGUGGAUUCUACGGAAGUAAACCACAAGCAGCCGAGCCUGUCAAGCAAGAACAACGCACCCUCCCCUCAAGAACCGGACCUUCGAGUUCUGCUUCUCACUCAAAUCUAUACCCCAUCGAAGGUCUAUCGCCUUACGCCCACAAAUGGACCAUCAAAGCUCGUGUCACCCAUAAGUCAGACAUCAGAACAUGGCACAAGCAGAACAGCGAGGGAAAGUUGUUCAGUGUUAAUCUUCUCGACGAGAGUAGUGAGAUAAAGGCUACUGGAUUCAAUGAGCAGUGUGAUCAGCUGUACGAUGUCUUCCAGGAGGGUGCUGUCUACUAUAUCUCAAGUCCAUGUCGAGUACAACUCGCCAAGAAGCAGUUCUCGACUCUGCCAAAUGAUUACGAGCUUACAUUUGAGCGAGAUACACUUGUCGAGAAGGCUGAAGAUGUGACUGAUGUUCCUCAAGUUCGUUACAACUUCACCACCAUUGGCGCUUUACAGGAUGUUGAAAAGGAUUCGACUAUCGAUGUCAUUGGCGUCCUAAAAGAGGUUGCAGACGUUACCCAAAUUACUUCGAAGACUACUCAGAAGCCAUUUGAUAAGCGAGAACUCACUCUAGUCGACGACAGUGGCUUUUCUGUCCGACUGACCAUAUGGGGCAAGACAGCUACAGCUUUCGAUGCAGAAACUGAAGCUAUUGUAGCUUUUAAGGGUACCAAGGUCGGAGACUUUGGCGGUAGAAGUUUGAGCUUGCUCUCUUCUGGCUCCAUGGCCGUCAACCCCGAUAUCCCAGAAGCACACAAGCUGAAGGGAUGGUACGAUUCGCAAGGUAGAACUGAGCACUUCAACUCGCACACGGGCAUGGCUGGCGCAGGAGCUGCUGGAGGCCGCAAUGAACAGCUGAAGACUAUUGCUCAAGUCCGAGAAGAGAAUCUUGGUAUGUCUGAGAAUAACGAUUACUUCUCCACCAAGGGUACGAUCGUGUACAUCAAGCAAGAAAACUUCGCGUAUCCUGCUUGCGCGAGCCCCGACUGCAACAAGAAGGUCACCGAUAUGGGAGACGGUACCUGGCACUGUGAGAAGUGCAAUGUGACCCAUCAGAAGCCAGAGUACAGAUACAUCAUGUCUGUGAAUGUCAAUGAUCACACUGGUCAAAUGUAUCUGAGCUGUUUUGAUGAUGUUGGACGUCUCAUCAUGGGUAUGAGUGGAGAUUCGCUCAUGGAACUCAAGGAAAAUGAUUCUGCUGCUGCUCAGAAGGUUUUCGAAGAUGCCAAUUGCAAGACCUAUACCUUCAAGGUUAGAGCCAAGAUGGAUACUUUCCAAGAUCAGCAGAGAGUUCGUUACCAAGUUAUCGGUGCUGUUCCUAUUGAUUACAAGACUGAAGCUCUCAAGCUUGCGAACUUGAUCAAGCAGUACCACAUGAAUGACUGAGUAUGAGUAAGUAUCGGAUAUGGGUUGGCCGCACGUAAUUUGGAAUGUGUCAUGAGCUAUGAAUCAGGCCACAUACUGCAUCGAUGGAGUAGGCAACAUCAUCACUGUAGAGUAUGAUCGGAUGAGUGCCAGGUCUCGGGGGGAGAUAUGCAUUUGGCGUUGGUGGUAAAUCCCGUAGCACAAUUAUGAUGAGAAAAUGAAAUAAUUUCGUCUGGCAGAUA